CUUUGCUUUCUCAUUAUAUAAUUUGCAUACACUUCAAUCAUGUCCUCAUCCAACCCCACGCUUCCUGAAUUCUCUCUCAAAGGCAAAGUUGCCGUCGUUACUGGUGGUGGAAGAGGUCUCGGUUUAGACAUGAGCAAGGCUCUUGCCGAAUCUGGUGCCUCUGUUGCUAUUAUGUAUGUCUCCAGUGACAAGACCAAGGACACUGCUGCGCAGAUUGCCAAGGACUACAAUGUCACUUGUAAGGCUUAUAAGGCAGAUAUCGUCAAUGCUGAAGAAGUUCAAAAGGCUAUUGAUCAAAUUCAUCAAGACUUUGGUGCUAUUGAUGUCUUGGUUGCCAAUGCCGGUAUUAAUAGUGGCGGACCAGCUGAGAAAUUGGAUCUGAAGGAUUGGCAAAAUGUAAUGGAUGUCAAUGUUAACGGUGUCUUCUAUACAAUUCGUGCUGCCGCCAAGUAUAUGCUUGAAAAGGGUAGUGGCAGUGUCAUCAUCACCUCAUCUAUUUCUGGCCAUGUUGCCAACCGUCCUCAACUUCAAUGCGCUUAUAACACGUCUAAGGGCGCUACUACCAUGAUGGCCAAGACCCUUGCUUAUGAAUGGGCCUCUAAAGGUAUUCGUGUCAAUGCCCUCUGCCCCGGUUACAUGAGAACCGACUUACUAAAUGCUACAUUCAAGGAAAACCCCGAAUGGGAAGACAUUUGGUGUAAGUUAACUCCAAUGGGUCGCAUUGGUGAGGCCAAGGAACUUCGUGGUGCUAUUGUCUUUUUAGCUAGUGAUGCCAGCUCUUACGUUACAGGUACAGAGUUAUUCGUCGACGGCGGUUACACUUGCGUAUAAGUAAAUUGUUACCUGGUGUUCCUCUUCUAUAUGUUCUCUCUGUAGUUUAUAGCAUUCCCUUUUCUUUAUAUAUAAUUCUGCUUGUACAUUCUUUAUUUUUGGUUCUUAAAUAAAUCAAUACAAUUAAUUGAAAAGUUAAUAUGGGUAUUGCUCUAAUUUAGUCUCUUUUGAACUAUGAAUAAACUUGACGUAAGCAAGCCAUCUUUUAGUCUCUGA